AUGCAUCUGCUUGAAUUGGUCUUUAAUCUUGUGCUGGUUGGCAGCAGUGGCUAUGGACUUUACGCCUUGACGCCAACGGAUCAACCUUAUGGUUAUACGGCAGCUGCAUUUUGUUUUGUCCACGGUUUGCUUGGCCUGGUUCGCAAUGUUCAAUCGCAGGGCGCCGAAUGUUCGCGCUCCUUCUUUGUGUCCACCAGCAUUGUGGAUGUCCUGCCGCUGCCCUUGGCCAACAUUGAGUUCUAUCUGCAGUCCUCGCAGUCCGGCCUGGCGAUGGUUCAUGCCAUGUCCUUAAUUCUCUUGAUAUACGAUACGAUGGGAAAUCUUGGUGAUGACUGGGAUGCGGCAACGGAAACCGUGAAGGAUUUAUCGCUGGUUGCGAAUGUUGCCUCGGCCACUUAUCUGGGUUUGCAGGAGGAGAACUACUUCCAUGUGGGCAUCGCUGUCUCGGCCACAAUUGCUCGCUACGGUUCUGCCUUGGUCAGCACUUUUCUGCCCGAGUUUGGGCCACAUGUUGACAAGAUGAGCAAGUCGGCUAUUAUUGGACUCAUGACGUACUCUUUGACCCAGAAAUAA